AUGACCAUCAAGGAUAUGGACAAAGUGGCCAAAAAGAUAGUCACUCAUGACGACCUCUUAUUUGUGAUGAUGCUCUCAGUGGCUUUUGCUGGUUUGCACAGGACAGCAGAAAUUACUGUAGACCAUUCAAUGCUCUCAUUCUUCGAAACAACAAAUCUCGUGGUAACUCAAUGGAUCCCUCCUGGCUACUACAAUUAUGGUGGAAAGUAUCCCACAUGUGGUUGGUGGGCGGAUCAAUUGGUUGUGCAUUUUGGUACUACUCGAACGGGGCAUUCAUGUAGAGUUGGUGGGGCUCCCCACCUUUGCCCUUCAGGUGUCAGCAGGGAAGACCUCAAGGUCAUGGGUCAUUGGCAUAAUCAUGAAUCUUGUGAUAUCUAUGCUUGCAAAAAUCCAAUCUUGGCCGUCGUACCUCUUGCCCCACCAGCCUGGGAUCCCUUUACUGUCUUUCAAAUUGGCUCAACAAUACCAGCCUAUAAAGAGUAUGCUAAGAAUUUAUCAAUUGAAGAUAAAGUGAUUGCGAUGAUUGGUCCAGUUGUUCACUAG